AUCUCAUAAAUAAAUGGGAGUGAAAACAUGGCGGAUUCUGUACGCGGAGUUCUGCUAUUGGUUACAAUUUCUGCUUUAUUUUCAUCAUGUCAAGCAACAACACAUUGGGUAGUAACAGAAGAUGGAAUGAUUACACAACAGUUGGAUUCAGUGUUCAAUCUUCGAGAGCCCUACAACUUGAUCGCAGUCCUCGGGCAGGAGAAGCGCUCCAAGGAGGUGAAUCUCUUGGAGGAGAGUCUCCGGCUCCAGAAAGUCAGCAUCGAAGCCAAUGAAGACAAGGAUACGGAUCUGGAGCAGCGCUUCCUGGAGACAGAUGGAGACUGCGUGGCUGCGGGAAGACCGCUGUCUGAAUUUGAGCUUUACAUCAGCACAGCUCUGUCGCUAGAACAAAAGGAUAUCAACCCGUUGGACCACAUGAAGAUGAAGAUCGGUGAAGUGAAGAAGUUCCGUCAGCCAAACUGCUCCAGGGUACUAGAACUGACUUACAGCAUACAUGCAUUUGACCAUCUAAAGGCUAUACAGGAGAGACAUAACAUCAGUAGCUUCCCAGAACCUGAGCUUAUGUAUCUGCUGCCCUCUGUUGGUAGCUUAGAGAAUGCUGGUCACAUGAUCUACAAGGCCAUGUCUAAGAACAAAACCUCCUGGGUUCUCUUCAAUCUGGCAGCCUACUACUGGCGGGUCAAAGGUCGUCCGGAGCAAGUCAUCGAGUGCUCAAGAAGGGCACUGCACUUCUCACCCCAUGAGCACAAGAAUGUUGCAUUGAUGAAUAUGGCUAACGUCCUGCACCGAGGUCAUCUUUCUGCGGAUGCAUCGGUUUUGGCGGAAGCAGCCUUAGAGGGAGAUCAGGAGCUUGAUAUUGUCUACUUCACUCUCGGAAAUAUCUAUGCAGCUAUAGGAGAGUACAACAAGUCGAGCUGGUGUUUUGGUCAUACCAGUCGCAUCAAUUCGGCCUUGGGGGCAGCAGAGAAGAGACAGCAUGCCGUCAAAUGCCAUCAGAAACUAGAGAGGGCGCUGGAAGCUCAGCAUUCUUCAUUGCAGAGAACCUUGUCUGAAUUGAAAGACUACCAAACCAAGCAAGAAUACUUUCUUGAGCUUCAGAAGAAGAUGUUGAGCAUUCAACGCAAAGCUGAAGAGCAGUACGAAGCAAACCUGAGCUACCAGAAGCACCGGUUCCUACAAGAGAUGGGUGAGAACCCCCGAUGUGAGGUGAGCCAGCUAGGUUCAGGGACUCAGUUCUUGAUGUGCCGGAGGGACGGGAUUCCAGAGACUGAUGUUUAUGGCCAACCGUUCGAUGACGAGAAGGAGAUAGAAGUACUUGAUGAGUCUCGUUUCCAGAACAACUGUGUAGUUUUCCCCGAUGGGGACAAAAACUGUUUAAACCUUAGCGGAACUGGAGGUCCACCGGAGCAAAAGCUAUACAUGGCCUCACAGGACACGGCCCCACAUGGUACGGCCCCUCAGGGUUCAGCCCCACAUGGUUCUGCGUCUCAGGGUACGGCCCCACAUGUUUCGGCCUCUCAUGAGUCAGCCCCACGUGGUACGGUCCCCCAUGAAACGGUCCAGAGAGAUUCGGUGUCUUUGACACAUCUCCCUGAUAAAAUAGAACAACCCAGUGAUUCGGAGUGCGCUAGAUGGAAGGGCAUCAACGUGAGUUGGAAAGAGUUUGCCCAACGACUGGUGCCGAUGGGACUGAAUGAAAGUCUUGAAGCAUUGAAAAAGAAUGUAGGAAUGCCGGCUGACUACCCACACUCGAACGCUCCCAGUUGCUCCCAUAGAGCACCACUCUUCAAUGGCAAUACAGGCGUAGACUUCAUCGAAGGAAUCGCAAAUAGGGAAUUCCUACCAAAUGUGGGCUGCCCAAUUAAACUCAUGAUGGUAUUCAGAAAGUAUCUGGAUGCUCAGAAUCUGAUGGGCAGAGAGUUUGAUUACCGUGUAACGUAUGCCAUGUCAACGAGAACGGAUUAUAAAGACAUAUGGCUGAUAUACAGUGCAGCGGCUAUUUACUGGCGGGUUCACCCGGACGAUGGUAAAUCUAUUGAAUGCCUACGGAGGGCGCUUUUCUAUGCACCAGUUGACCGUGUUGAUGUUCCACUCACCAACAUGGCAAUGGCGAUGGUCGACCAAGAACGCUAUGAAGAUGCAAUUCAGAUUCUGCGUAUGGCACUGGUUGUGGAUAGCAUGAAGCCUACAACCCGCUACCUGCUUGGUUGUUUGUAUGCUGCCCUGGGUCAAUACCGUCAAGCCAGACAGGAGAGCUCUCUAGCCUAUAAUCUUGAUCCAGAGUCCUCGGAUGCUUUUGAGGUCUAUUCCAGGAUCAGAUGUUUGCUCAAGGCAGGGGAAAAGGAUAAGCCCAACCCGAUGAAUGAAGCCAAGACUGGCCAGGGUAUAUUGGGGAAGUCAGGGCUAUCUGGAGCAGUUCCUGCGUGCGUCCAAGGCCCGCCCCAAGGGGAGCAGACGGGCCAGAGACAGCCUUCGGGUGGACCCCCAGGGGCGAGUACUAACCCGCUGAAUAAUCAAGUUGAUUUCAAGUCCUGCAAUGCAGGCUCAGUGCCUUCAACAGCUUUCGGUCCUCAGAUACCAGCCGCUCCCGCUCCUGAUGUAGAUGUGAAUAAACUCUUUGCGAAAAGAGACAGUCACUGGCCCACACUAGAAGAGUGCGCUGGAUACAGGAAACUUAAUCUCAAGGCUUUUUAUAGUACAUGGAUCUCCAUUACUGCGAAAGAUAUGAGACUGGAUGACUUCAUUGACUUCCACACUCAGCUAACACGGGAGGAGUUACAGAUCCAACCGUACUGCGAUGCUAAACUUCCGGCCAGCAUGCAUACAUUAGAUCAUAUUCCAGCCAUGGCUCUGAGAGGUACUCUGACGUAUGAAGCAGAACAGGGCCUUAAAGAGGUGAUUCAGUCUAUCAACGGUGGUUACAUGGAUCAUGAUGAGGUCGGGACAAGGGUUGCCAAACUCUUGGAGAAGGAUCCUGAAUCUUGGGUAGCAACAAACAUGGCUGCCCUCUACUGGCGGAUAGAGGGAAAGUCUUUGAAUGCCUUGCACUGCCUCCGACAUGCUCUUCAUUACUCCCCUUCAAAUAUGAAGGACCUUGCGAUGGUCAGCAUUGCCAAUAUUUUUCACCGAGUUGGUAUGUACGAAGAUGCUGCGACCGUUGCGAAGAUGGCCAUUGAUAUCUCGCCACAGCUUGUCAUUAAUCACUUCACCUUGGCUAAUAUCUACUCGUCGAAGGGUCAGUGGGAUCAUGCUUUGGAUUUCUACCAAUCCACCCUGAGGCUACAACCAGACUUUCAGCCAGCGGUGGAAAGACUUAGAACCAUACAGUGUAACGUUCUCCAGUUGACUGCCAACAAGAAUCCAGCAUAGGCUACAUGCAUUAUCGUAAUAGACACCGUUCUCAUUAUACUUCCUAAAACUGGUUUUCUGGAAACCGGUUCAGGAAACUAAUUUGGAAGAUCGCUUUGCUAGCGUUCCCAUUCGAUCACCCGAAAGUGGUUUU